AUGUUGGUGCUCAUACAGCUGCUGGUCCCGCUCUUAGCAUCCGUUUCGGCUCAGUCACAAAACGCAUCAUUCUCAGGAGCACAGGGUAUCAUCUAUUCACCUGGGUAUCCUGAUAACUAUGCGAAUCAACUCAAUCAGUUCUAUACGAUCUCGGUUGAUCCUGGUUACUAUAUUCAUUUAACGCUGUAUGAUUUCGAAACUGAAGCAUGUUGCGAUAAACUCUACAUCUGGAAUGGUUAUGAUCUUCAUCAGCCCACAAUCGCAAAGUUUGUUUAUUCUAACGAAAGUUUUCAUUCGUUUAAAGUUAAUUAAGC